GCACAAGAAAGAAAAAAGCGAAAGAAAGAAAUAUCAAGAGGGAGAGAGAACCAGAUGUUGAUUGUGAAACUGUGUAAGCUAGCUCCAUAGCUAAUAAGAACAUCAUGGCCGACCGAGGAAAUUACACUGUUUGUGUAACAGGAGGUGCGGGUUUUAUCGGUUCUUCGAUUGUUAAAAAGCUUCUAGAGAAGGGUCAUAACGUUCGCGCUACAUUAAGAAACCUAAGUGAUGAAAACAAGGUUGGGUUGUUAAAGAGACUAGAAGGAGCAGAAACAAGAUUGGAGUUAUUUCAAGCCGACAUUUAUAAACCGGAUGAAUUCGAUGUUGUUAUCAAAGGUUGUGAUUUCGUUUUUCAUGUUGCAACCCCUUUGCAGCACUCCACUGAAAACUCACAUCAGUAUAAGAACACAACAGAGGCAGCAUUAGCAGGAGCCAAAAGUAUUGGAGAGUCCUGUAUUAGAUCAGGUACAGUGAGGAGACUCAUCUAUACGGCUUCUGUGUUUGCUGCGUCGCCGUUAAAAGAAGACGGGUCCGGAUAUAAAGAUGUGAUAGAUGAAUCUUGUUGGACGCCUCUUGGUCAUCAUUUCCCAUAUGCUAAUGAUAUUGUGGAGGCCUACAUAGAUUCAAAGUCAUUAUCAGAGAAAGAAAUCUUGAAGUUUGGCGACAAAGAUAUCAAUGGAGGAGUAGAAUUUGAGGCGGUAUCUCUAACUUGUGGACUCGUAGGAGGAGAUACCAUUCUUUCUUACUUACCUGAUAGCAUAAGUAUACUUGCGUCGCAUCCUACGGUAAUUCCAAACCAUGCUCCUAAGCAUCAAACUCUCAAGUUUUUGGAGGCAGUAGUAGGCAAGGUUCCAGUUGUACACAUUGAGGACAUUGUGGACGCACAUCUCUUCUGCAUGGAACAAGCUUCUAUGAAUGGUAGAUAUUUGUGCACAAAUGGAUAUGUGACAGUAAAUGAAAUCGGGGAUUACUUCCGGCAGUACCAUCCAGAGCUCACUAUAGCACAAGAACAAGAGUGCGAGGAGGGUGAAAAGUUGGAAAGAAAAAUCCAUUGGGGAUCAACCAAGCUGAAUGGUUUAGGUUUUGUUUACAAAUGUAAUGUCAAAAAGACAUUAGAUGACAGUGUUAAGUGUGUAAAGAAAUUUGGUGAUAUCAAUUAAUCAAGGGCCUUUUUUUGAUGUAUCCUACCUCCAAAUUUAAAUCCACGUUGGGAUUCAUAGAA